AUGGAAAACAAAGAAAAUAAAAAAAAAAGUUUUUUAAAAAAUUGGAAUAUUAAUUAUUUAUCAAACAAUUUUAAUAAUUUUAUGAAAAAUGACGAUAAUAGCAACAUUAGUAAAAAUUCUAAUUUUGAUGACUAUAAAAUAAAUGAUUUUGAUAAUAUUAAUUUAACAAAUGAAAAAGAAAUGAAUUCAUCAAAUAUAAAUGUCAAUAAAAAUUUAUCAUUAAAUUAUAACAAUAGAGAAUCUAAUCAAAGUUAUAAUAUGAAUAAUUCAAAUAGUUCAAUAAAUAAUUCUUACACAAAUAAUAAACCUGCAUCAUAUUUAGAUUUUUGUGAAGCAUGGAACAAAUUUAAGUUUAAGAAUAUAAGUGCAAAUUUAAGUAAUAAAAUGAGAUACAAUGGUAAUAACGAUGUAAAAGAUAAGAACAGCGAAAAUACUAACAAAGGAAAUAAUCAAAAUAAUAAUUAUAACAACAAUAAUAAUAGUAAUAAUAAUAAUACUAAUAAUAGUAAUAAUAAUGAUUUUAACAACGAUAAAACUAAUAAUAAUAAUAAUAAUAAUAAUAAUAAUAAUAAUAAUAACAGUAAUAAUAACAAUGAUGAUGAUGAUAAUAAUAAUAAUAAUAAUUUUUAUAAGACGAAUGCAUCUUCUUCUUCUUCAUCUUCAUCUGUUUCUUCAUCAUCCAUUUCUUCUUUUAUUUCAUCAGAUCCUUUUUCAACUGAUAAUCCGAAGGUAAAACAUAAAUGUAAAAAAAAAAAUAAAACCAUUCGAAAUAGUUGUGGAAAUAAUAGUAAUAAUAAUAAUAAAAGAAAUGGUAACAAUAACAGUAAUAAUACUCGCAAUAGCAAUUUUAAUAAUAAUGAUAAUAAUGAUUUGAAUAUUAGCAGUAGUAAUAAUUUUAUUUUAAGAAAUGAAAAUAAAAAUAGUGAAUAUUAUAAUUCUAAUGACAAAGAAAAUAAUUUGAAUUCCUCUAGUAAUUUAAUAAACAACUUUCAGAGUUCACCUAAUAAUCAAAAUGAUAUAACUGCUAAUUCAAGCCAUUCUAAUAACAAUAAUAAUAAUAAUAAUAUUAAUAAUAAUACAAAUAACUGUGAAACUAAUUAUAAUGUAAAUUACAACAUUCUUAAUAAAAAUUCAGGUAACAAAAGAAACUAUGCAUCAAACAGUAAUUGGGAUUACAAUGAAACUAAUAAGAAUCUCAAUUAUUAUGCACAUGAUGAAAACUCAAAUUCAUUAAAUAGUAACAAAAAUAGUAUGAAUAGUGAAAAUCUUAAUAAACAAAUUAAAAAAGGAAAAGAUGUGAAUGAACAGAGUGAUAAUCAAAUGGAUGAAAAAGAAAAAAAAAAUCCAAAUAUUAAUAUGGAAGUAUUAAAUCCUGAAGAAAGAAAAAGAGAAGCGGAAAAAUAUAAAGUACUAGGUAAUCAAAGUUAUAAAUUAGGCUAUUUUGAAUCAGCUAUUGAUUAUUAUACAAAAGCAAUACAGUAUGAUAAUACGAAUCAUGUCUAUUACACUAAUAGAGCAUUAUGCUAUAAAAAACAGAAGCUAUGGAAAUUAGCAAAUAUUGAUGCAAGACAGGCAUUAAAUUUAGAAGAAGAAUCAGUUAAAGCUCAUUUUAUUCUAGGACUAACAUUAUUACAUUUAAAUAGUUUAGAAGAAGGGUUAAAAAAACUGACGAAGGCUAAGACAUUAUCAAGUUAUUUAAAGGAUUCGAAUGAAAGUGAAAUAAAUAGAUAUAUUUUACAAGCGAAAAAAUUGAUAUAUUUACGGGAUGAACAAAAUAAACAGUUAGCAUACACAGAAUUGCAAUCCUUUUUAAUAGAUAAAAUACAUUUGUUAAAUCAAAUUGGGUAUAUAACUGAAGAUGAAAAAAAUUUAAGAAUUCAACAAACAGAAAGUUUAUUUAAAGAAAUACUGGAAUCUUUUCAAAAAAAACAAGUACCGGAUUAUUUGUGCUGUAAAAUAUCUAUGUGUUUAAUGAAUGAACCAGUCAUAACUCCUAGUGGAAUGACAUACGAUAAAAUAUUUUUACAUGAACAUGUCAAGCAUAAUGGUUCUUUUGAUCCAGUUAGCCGAGAACAAUUUUCAAUUCGUGAAGUAAUCCCAAAUUAUGCAAUCAAAGAAGCUACAGAACAUUUUUUAAAGACAAAUCCAUGGGCCUUUGAAGAAUAA